UUAGUUACUUCUUAAUUUUAAACGCAAGCUUCUCAUUCCUCUUCAUGAUUUCAUAGAUGUCCCGUUUUUUGACUUGGACUUAGGUAUGCCGUUGAAGUUUUGUUUCAAUCCGUGAGGGAGCAAAUGGAAAUCUCACGGAUUUGAAAUCUAUUUUUGAUCUGUAUAAUAUUUUAGCAUUAAUUUUUAAUGGUCCCCUAUAUGUGCACACAUAGGUUUAGUCCUCAUUUGGCUGCAUACUGCAAAAGUUUAGGCUACGUCUCUGACACCGAAGUCAGUGAUACAAACUGGACGAUUAGAUAGGAUCUGUGAGAUUUUUUAUGUAAACCUUUUCGGAACAGUCAUAUUUUUUACAUUGUUUAUGCUAUAUGGACCAUUGGAUUAGGAAAUACCUGAGAAAGUAUUAUUUUUAACAGUUUCUGCCAUGGUCCAUCGAAAUAUGGAUGCCCGAUAUAAAUUGGCUUUGCGUGGAUCAAUCUUGAAUACCCACAUAGGUAUACUUAAUAUUUAGGCGCUUUCUUUUCCAAUGUUCUUUAGUAGAUCUGAGCAGAGCAAAGAUCUUGGUUGUAGAUUAAAAACAAUAUAGGUGAAAUUUCCCAUGGCUCGUCAUCCUAGGCUGUAUAUUUUGCGGUAAAUUGAUUUCACUUGACACUUUUUUUGAGAAAAAAGCCUCGAGAUUGAAGCUCAGCCUUACAUGGUAUCUCUAUAAUUUAGUUGGAUUAAUCUUUGUGGUUGUCAUUUCUUGCUUCUCGUACCGGCUAGUCUUUUGUUUCCAAGGGAAGAUUGUGGUUCAAAACUUUUUGACUUUAUAUGAAUAAAUGAAUGACCGCCGGAUCUCCUAUUCAUUAUUGCUGCUGCCGAUGUCGUGAGUAGUUAGUGUGUAUUGAGUAACGAACUGUCUACUCAUUUGUUUCCUCGUAGCUUUAUCUGAUUCCUUCACAAUGGGGAUGGGAAGGGAUGGGAAGGGAUGGGAUUGAAUUGCCCGUUUUAUCUUCUUCUGAUCUGCAAUGGCUGCUGCUGUUAUUUUUUUGUUCAGGUUGAAGUGCUGUAGACAUGACAGUAAACAUGUGCAUUCAAUGCUGUAUAUCACGCCAGACAUAUGAAUGAAUUAAUAUAUGUUUUCUGAAAAUGGUCAUGAAAUGUACGAGGGGUCUUGAUGGGCUUUUGAUAUGGAUCUAGGGCACUUCCUUGCCCUCCUCUGCCUACUGCCAAGAAGCGUGCCAGAUAGUAAAAUAUACGUCACUAAACGUACCGCGACUGCGUAUAUUUUUCUUGCCCUGUGUGGAAUUGCACCCAACAGGCUAAAACCUCCUGUAUUUGAAUAGGGCGUUUUUUAACAGUAGCAUACGGGCUCUAUAUAGCUGUUGGGAACAGUAAAGGUUAUAUGCAAUGCCCGUAAAUGGAGAGCAUUUAGCAAAUUUUUCUGAGUGGGAGGUGAAUUUUGCAACGGAAGGCACCGAGAAGAUGCUCAGUGUGUACGUGGGUAUGACCAUCCAGCUUGAGAGAAUAACAGUCUGGUAUGUCAGACCGUUUUCGGUCUGAGAAUGUAGCCUGUGAACAUUAGUUUUCUAUGUGGGUGUUGUUUUGGGUCUCACAAUCCACUCUGAGAAUAUCGGUUUUCUAUGCCAGAUUGUUUGAGGCUCAUAAUCCAGUCUGAGAAUACGAGACGUACAUUUGUCUUGAGUGAGUUCAGUAAAUUAUUAGUUAAGACAGAUUGAUUGGUUUUGAUGAAUCUGACAGGAGGCGCCUGGUGUGCUUAUAACAAUAAUAAGGCAAUCAGAAGCAGUACAGAAGUUCGCUACAGGUCAAUAGAAAAGCAAUCAGAAAUAGUAACAGAUUUCACAGUGGCGAAUACAAAAGAUCUGGAUCCGCUUGCUAGAGGCAAAGACCUCGUAGACCCAGAAGAAGCAACUGCCCUUGAUAGCUUGUUUCGUUGUCUACAACUGAGGAAGAGGGCAAGAAGGGCGGCACCCGGUGCUGUCUUCUGUAUGUCUGGUCCCGUAGCCCAUGUGGAUGAAGAAGAGGAAGAUGAUUCAGAGUUCUUGUACAUUUUCCCAGAAUCGAUCAAUGGAAGCCAUCAUAAUCCGUCAGAGAGGGCUAUUAAGGGGGAAAAGGCAAUGCCCAAUGGAGAUAUGUACGUGGGAGCUUGGAAUCGUAGUUUACCUGAAGGGAGGGGAAAGUACUUGUGGGCUGAUGGUUGCAUGUAUGAAGGUCAGUGGUGCAGAGGUCAAAAAACAGGUAAAGGUAAGCUUUCAUGGCCCUCAGGUGCAACUUAUGAGGGAGAUUUUAUGGGUGGUUACUUACAUGGGUAUGGAACGUUUACUGGAGUAGAUGGGUCUACGUACAGAGGGCAGUGGCUGCUGAAUGACAAACACGGGUAUGGUCAUAAAUGCUACAAGAACGGUGAUUUUUAUGAAGGCUCUUGGAAGCAUGGUGUUCAGGAAGGCCAGGGACGGUACAUUCGGGAAAAUGGUAACGAGUAUAUGGGAGAAUGGAGAGGGGGUUUAAUGUGUGGAACGGGGAUUAUGAGUUGGAGCAAUGGGGAUAAAUAUGAUGGGCAAUGGCUUGACGGGUUGGAGCAUGGCCAUGGAGUCUACAAAUGGGCAGAUGGGAGUUGUUAUAUGGGGACCUGGAGUAAGGGGUUCAAAGAUGGUAAAGGUACAUUUUAUCCCGCCUGUGGCAAUCAGACCAGGCUAUGUCACCUUUUGGAAUCCUUGCCUUCAAGUCUGGAUCAGCAUGAUGAUCUCUCUGAUGAUGGUCACUCUUGCUGGAAGGAGAGAAGCUCUUCUUUGUCUGAUUUUGAGGUUGACUUGAAUGCUCCUUAUGCCCCUAGCUCUGAAACAACAUCCUCAAAAACCCUUGAAUCCAGAAUAGGAAGAAACUUUUCCUUUGAUGGGGUAAGAAGCUCAAGUAGCGAGGAAUUUGAUGAUAAUGAUGAGGGCAGCAGCACUUGUGAUCCCGAUAAUUUUCCUGUGCAAUCUGCUGUCGAGAGAGAAUAUGUUCAAGGAGUAUUGAUUAAUGAGGUCUCCAGAAUAAAUGUGCCUUCCAAGGAUGCGAAAAGAGGACAUAAACGGCAGCCAAACGAAAGGAAGAGACCUGGCGAAAUAAUCUAUAAAGGGCACAGAAAUUAUGACUUAAUGCUCAACCUGCAAUUGGGAAUCAGGUAUGCUGUAGGAAAGAUCACUCCUAUACCCAGACGAGAGAUCGUCUCUGCUGAUUUUGAUCCCAAAGGAAGCAUAUGGAUGCGAUUUCCUCCUGAGGGUUCAGCAUGUACCCCUCCUCAUCAUUCCGUUGACUUCAAAUGGAAGGACUAUUGCCCAAUGGUUUUUAGGCAUCUUCGAGAGCUUUUUAAAAUUGAUGCAGCUGAUUAUAUGCUUUCUAUUUGUGGAAAUGAUGCUCUGCGGGAACUCUCUUCUCCAGGAAAGAGUGGCAGUGUGUUUUAUCUUUCUCAUGAUGACCGGUUCAUGAUAAAGACAAUGCGGAAAUCUGAAGUAAAGGUACUUCUUCGUAUGCUACCAAAUUACUAUAAUCAUGUUCGUACUUACGAAAGCACAUUGAUCACUAAAUUUUUUGGCCUACAUAGUAUCAGAGCAGCAGGGGGACAGAAGGUCCAACUUAUAGUCAUGGGAAAUAUGUUCUGCUCGGAGCUUCACAUACAUAGGCGGUUUGAUCUAAAAGGUUCAUCUCAAGGUCGAUCGACAGACAAAGUCGAAAUUGAUGAGACUACAACUCUCAAGGAUCUAGAUCUGGAGUUCGUGUUUCAGCUUGAGCCAUUAUGGCGCCAGGCACUUCUAAAGCAAAUCAAGUGUGAUUGCAACUUCUUGGAAGCUGAGAGAAUAAUGGACUACAGUCUUUUAUUAGGUCUUCAUCUUCGAGCGCCACAAUAUUCUACUCCUUUUUCACCAAAGAAUUCUUCUACAGAUACACAUCUUUCAAGUGGUGAAACCUUUAAAGCACCCAUAUCUGAUGAGUUUGGUGUUAAAGUGGAAAAUACUGAUCUUGUCCUUCCGGGAACAGCCAGGCUGGGAAUAAGGCUAGGUGUGAACAUGCCUGCCAGGGCUACUCGCAGAACCCCAAAAAUUGCUCAAGAUUCUCAUCCAGAAGGGGAGUUGUUUGGUGAGGAUUUUGAUGCAGUAUUAUACUUUGGAAUUAUAGACAUUCUCCAAGAUUAUGAUAUUUCCAAGAGACUUGAACAUGCUUACAAGUCCCUGCAAUUUGAUUCUCAUUCAAUUUCAGCAGUGGAUCCAAAACUGUAUUCCAGGCGGUUUCAGGAUUUUAUAUGCAGAACCUUUCCCGAGAAUUCAUAGCAGUUGCAUAUGUUUCAUUGUAUGAUAUCAGUGUUGAUGGAGAAUACUUCAAUCAAGUUCGUCCACAGAAAGGCACACAUCAUUGGGCAGCUGGAUUUGAAGAACAAGUGUACCAUUGCUUAAAGCUUUCUUGGUUUACCCAAUGCAAGGGAAACUACAGGCUCCAGAUCUGUGUAAUGGAAAAGAAAUGUUUGAUUGGCAAUUUUUCUGGACUUGCAAAGCACAUUUGCAGGACACAACAUAGAGCGAAUUGUGAAAGGCAGCUUUCUCUCGGGAGCUAUACGAACGAACCCACAUUGCCAAUUGUCCAUGACCAAGUAUCUAUAUUUAUUAUAGACUGUAUGGCGAUGACCAACUAUUCAUUUGAUGGUACCCUUUCUAGUGGCCUUUUGCCACCCAAGCUUUAGUAAAUGUGUAAAGACUUUCCCUGAAGAGGGAAAUGUUCGGCAUUGUUUGUUUUCCCCAUUUCUCAUGUCUUGGAGCAGGUGGUGAUGUACAUCUCACUUUUUGGAGGGAUCUUCAGAAUAAAAUGUACAGUGUAUACAACAGGAAAAGAUAUCAUAUUGUCUAGCCUUCCAAUGUAGUUGAAGAAUGAUGGCUUUGGUUGUUUCCAACGGCUAUGCUUAAGUUUUAAAUGAAUUGCAAGAUUUUCUCUAGAGGAAAACAAAGCCUGGCAGCUGAAAUGCAUCGGGCAUUGCUAAUAUGAAAUGAGAGCAGUGGGCACUGUUGAGUUUCUACAAGGUGAAGUUUUGUAUUUUGUAAGGUUUAUAUUGUGUAUAUUUCAGCGGUUCCAUUCGGUUAAAGCAAUUGAUAUAGUUAUUUCA